GUAAGCACGCUGUUGAGGGCUCGCGACAGUCAACAGAGACUCCGAGCGGAAUAAAAUGUGACAGAAACUGGACACAGCGAGUGCGCAAAGAUGUGCGGAUGAUGCUGGAGGUUGCCUCCUGUUUUAAAUCUUCAGAGUUUAAAGCAUCUUCUGAAGGUCUUCCAGAUGUGGCAGAGUUGAGACUUGAGCAUCAUGUUGGAGCCUUCAGAGCCUAGCCAGAAGAUCGUGGAGUGGCUGUCCACCCUCCGCCUGUCCCAGUAUACCCCAUAUUUCCAGAAAAGAGGUUAUCAAGUUCUGGAAGACUGCAAGGACCUCACAGAUGAGCUCCUCCUGGAGUUUAACGUGCUUCCAACAGGCCAUCGUAGGCGCAUCCUCCGGAGUUUGGAAGCACUAGGGGUGAAGCGGCCGAGCGGUGGAGAGGAGGAUGAAGAGGAGGAGGGAGGGGUGGAAAACAGGAAGUGCCAACGGAAACCCGUGCUACACCCGAGAUAUAUCUUCCUGAAGGAUAAAAAGAGGGGGACUUCAUGUCAGCACCAGCAGCCAAAGGAGGCGAGAGAGUACGAGUUGGAGAGCAGUCAGACUUUGCCUCCAGGAGUAGGACUGGGAAGAGAAAUUCCAGACGUCCCAGAGAGCAGAUACUUUCGCCCGCCUCAACCGGCCCCGCGCAAUCCCCAGAACAUCCAAACAUCGCUGCCUAAACCUACCUGUGUCCCUGCCUCCGUGUCCUCCAGAAGCAGCAGCAGCAGCAGCAGCAGCAGUGAGUCCCUCUCCAUAUCUGAAAUGCCCUCAGACUGGGAGAUUUCCUCAGAGGAUCCCUCACUGUCCAGCACCGACUCUUUCCCCUGUAUGGCUGAGGUCCACCACCUAACGCUCACUGAAGGCAAUUGUGGUUUUCAAGGUGACAUGGUGGAAAACUCCAUCUAUGAGGCACAGAGCAGUUUCACGGUUCCUUUAGGUCCACGGCUCACUCGCUCCUAUCGGCUGAGGCACCGGCCCGUCCCUGAAAUCCCGAAUCAGACCAUUCUGCCACUUCUGGACAGGAGCGCACCAUCAGCGCAAACAACCAGCCCUGAACAGCUAACCGGCUCCGAAGGUCCCAUCGGUGCAAGUAGCAUACAGAAAGCUCCACUUCAAAGAACCUUGACGCCUAUUGCUCCCUAUGGAGAAAUGUUCCUGUACAACAACCCUGAAAGCACUCCGGACCAAGGCGCUAAAGAUGGGUUGCAGAUGGGUUUUAAGGGCAAGAUAAAACAGAAGAAACAGAGAAAAAAGAUGAAUAAAUGGAAAGAAUCCAAGGAACAAAGGUCUCCCCCUGCUCCAGCUAUCCCAGACCCCGACAAAGAGGAAUACUCAACAGUGAACGAGUGUGCCAGCAUUUUGCCACGAGGCAGUUUGGACCAAAGUUUUCUAGUGAGCCCUGAGGGUCAUGCUGUGGGACCAACUUCCUCUGGACCUAAGGAUGGAUCUUUAACCAUGGUGGAGUGUGAGCUCUACUCGGAGCCUGCAGACGCUAUGGGGGUUCUGAGUAAAAAUGCACUGCCUGAUAUUUCUCCAUACGCAUGCUUCUAUGGAGCCCCCAAACACCAGGUGCUCAAAGUGGGUUGGCUGGACAAACUGUCGCCUCAAGGAAAUUGUGUUUUUCAACGGAGGUGGGUGAGAUUCGAUGGCGAGAGUCUGGCGUACUACAACAAUGACAAGGAGAUGUACUCCAAAGGAAUGAUCAUGGCCAGUGCUGUCAGACAGGUGCGAGGACUGGGUGACAACAAGUUUGAGGUAGUCACCUCCCUUCGGACCUUCAUAUUCCGGGCUGAAAGAGAAGGGGAGCGCCAGGAGUGGAUGGAAACUCUUCAGACGGCCACGCGCCCCCCUGCCUGCGGCUCCCAGAAGCACUCCGACAGCCUCUCCCACCCCUCCUCCGCAAACAAGCGAGGCUUGCUGGAGCUCCGCGGUUACAAAGGCAGAGUGCUGGUGUCCCUGGCGGGGAGUAAAGUCAGGAUCUGCAAAACAGAACAGGACUAUAAAGCAGGCCUGGCUAUUGCUGAAGUGGAACUGACUGCUGCCAACAUUAGAGACGUGGACCGCAGGGGCUUCGAAAUCAAUACACCCUUCAAGAACUUCUGCUUCACGGCAGAGUCAGAGCGGGAGAAGGAGGAGUGGAUUGAAGCGGUCCAAGAAUCGAUUGCUGAGACACUCUCCGACUAUGAAGUGGCAGAGAAGAUCUGGUUCAACGAGGCCAACAGGAGCUGCGCCGACUGUCGCGCCCCACAGCCGGAGUGGGCGUCAGUCAAUCUGGGUGUGGUCGUCUGUAAGAAGUGUGCAGGGCAGCACCGCUCCCUUGGCCCAAGUAUUUCCAAAGUGCGCAGCUUGAAGUUGGACAGCAGGAUCUGGAGCAAUGAGCUAGUGGAGCUCUUCUUGGAGGUGGGGAACAGGAAUGCUAACAGUUUCUGGGCUGCUAAUCUUCCCUUGGAGGAGGAACUCUACAGCGGGGCUUCGGCGGAGCAGCGCGCCACGUUCAUCCGCAGGAAGUACAGGGAGAGGAAGUACCGCAGGGUCCUGGAUGGCUUUCAUGAUCUGGAACAGCUGAACCAGGCACUGUGUGCAGCUGUGGUGUUGCCUGACGUGCUGCAGACCAUGGCUCUGGUGUUCAGUGGGGCAGAUGUUAUGUGCACCACCAGGGAUCCAACCUCUUCCACCCCGUAUCUCUUGGCCCAACGUGCUGGACAGAGGCUACAGAUGGAGUUCCUUCACCAGAACAAACUCUCUGAUUUCCCCAGACUUGAGCAGUGUUCGGAGUGCACCUUCCUGUCUGACGCUUCCCUCUUCAUGGAUGGCUUCCUCUACAUCUCCACUGGCCCUGCCAAGACAACGCUGGACCGUCGCGGAAGAGAUGACAUGGCACGUCGUUGGUGUACAUUGGAGGGCGGCUUCCUGAGUUACUACGAGAGCGAGCGAAGCUCAUCGGCAAUCGGCAGGGUGGACGUCACCGAGGUGGUUAGCCUGGCUGUCAGCAACACAGCAAUGAUGACUGGAGCAGGGGCUGUGUUUACCGUGGAGCUGUACAUGCAGACGGAGCGAGUACUGAUUGUCGGUGCUGAAACACAGGAAACGCAGCAUGACUGGAUCCAGGCGCUAACAAAGUGCUUCAUCCCGUCUAAAGUCGAGGGACUGGCGCAGAAAGACGGCGAGCUGAUUGGCAGACUGCACUACAAAGAAGGCCAUGACCUGUACCACUGGAGGGUUGGCUGGUUUCUGCUGGCAGGCUCUGUCCUGCACUUUAGCUCAGGAGAGGAGGAGGGGGAGGAGGAAGUUCUUCAACUCAAACAGCUACAGGAGCUCACUGUCUCCACACAUACGGAGGGUGAGGACAAGAUUCAAGUCCUGCUGAUGGUGGAGGGAGGAAGAACAGUUUAUAUCCAUGGCUUCAACAAGAUGGACUUUGCACUGUGGCACUCUGCCAUCACACUGGCUGCUGGCACAGAUGGCAAGGCGCUCGGCGACCAACAGCUGACUAAAAAUGGUGUCCCUAUUACAGUCGACAGUUGCAUUGCUUUUGUCACCCAAUAUGGUGAGAUUCAGCAGUGUUCCCACCUCAACCACAUGCCGAGCGAAAAACUGGCCUCGGUCUUCUCCUCCUGCUUGUUCCAGACUCGGGGACAAACCCCACAGGAAACUAGCGUCAUCCGUGACCUCAUCAGCAACUACAUAAUACUCUUCAAUGUCAAUGAAGACCGGGUGCAACAGAUGGAGAGAGAGAAUAGUUUCAUCACACGCUGGAACGACAAGAAGGACACCACAUUCUCCCCGGCUGGGGACUUGAUCUUCGAGGUGUACCUGGAAAAGAAAGAGCCAGAGAACUGCUGUUUAAUCAAGGUCUCUCCCAGCAUGCGAUCCACGGAGCUUGCAGAAACUGCACUGAAUAUGAGGAACGUCACCUUUAGUGCUGACGACUUCUGGACCACCUUUGAAGUCAUUGAGAAUGGAGAGUUAGAGAGGCCGCUGCACCACAGUGAGAAGAUUCUUGAACAGGUGCUGGAGUGGAGUACUCUGGACAGCCCUAGGUCUGCUUUUCUUGUUAUAAAGAAGUUUACAGGGGCCAAAAGAGUUGCUGAUGGGAAAGUAGACCAAAGGCAGGUUAUAAAAGCAGACUAUCUGAAGUUCAACGAUGGAUCGUCCAAACUGCUGUCAGGACACAAAUUCCAGGACAAAUAUGUUGUACUACAUGCUGAGAAGCUGCUGCUCUACAGAGAUAUCAAAGGCACUAAAGCAGAGAAAGUGAUCCAACUCAACUCUGUGAAAUGUUACCUGGGCCUGAAGAAAAAACUCAAACCUCCAACCAGCUGGGCCUUCACCGUCUACACUGAUAAACAACAAUGGCAUUUCUGCUGCGAGACGAGGGAGGCACAGGUCAGCUGGGUGACGGACAUCAUCAGGAUGAAGUAUGGUCCUGACCUCUGUUCAAAGACCGGUAACUCAAAAGAAGCUGCAGAUAACAAAUUGUCUGGAGGGAGAGCUUUAACUGAAGGCCGGAAGAUUCCGAUUCCAACACUCAACCACAAUACCAGCAAACAGCUGUCAGACAAGAGGAUUUCUCUUGUCGAUGGCAACCCAAGGCCCACCAAGGGCGCCACUCUCCCCCACAAGACAAUCACCACAGCCAGUUGCCUGAAGCAAAAUGACAUGCUCAAGGCCCCACAAGUCCCACUCAGAAGAACCUCUGUGGAUGCUGCCCAACCUCGACACCUCCCUUCCCCAUCGCCAUCCCCAUCGCCAUCCCCAUCCCCUUCCCCUUCCCCAUCCCCAUCCCCAUCCUUAUCCAGACACUCCAAACCUAUAGCUUUGCCUGUUCCUCCUCAGUGUAGCAGUAAGACCCUCGGCAGGAGACCUGUUCUGGGUGGGGAGGUUCUGAUGCCGCCUAAUCUAAUGAAUGAACUUAACUUGGUGCUAAGCAAGACUAGUCGCAGUGCCAAGAGCAAUGACUGACAGGAAGUCAGGAGAAAGAGAGGUCAAUUUGAAAGGUAAGACAAACAUUCCAGGGCUGAGUAUGGAAAGAAAGACGUGGAGACUGACAGAGAAAGACCACACGAUGCAGAUGGAGCCAAAGGAAGUUGGUUUUAUGAGGGGGGGGGGAUCAUAGCGAACUUGGAUAUAUAAGGGAUGCCGAUGCACAAGGGAAUGUGGAAAACAGGUGCUGAAGACCUCGGAGGUCAGGGAGACCUCAGCUGGACAUGGCGCUGGCCCAAGCACUACGAAGCGUGAUUUAUAUGCCGCUCUUCUAAACCUAGAGAAUGUUAUAAAAAUAUGUUCAGCUGUCAAAGAAAUACUCCAAAUUGCUUGCUUCAUGCUUUUACAUCUCCAAUUACUUUGUAAAAAUCUGUUUUGACUACAUCUGAAAAGUAUCGUGAUUUAUUUUGGGUAAAACAUUGUUUACUAGCACUUUUGUAUUUGCACAUAUACAAUAGAAUUCCCUAUAUUUUUUACUAAUAGUGGCAAAGUCUGCCAUCACCACACCGAAUGGUAUAGGCCUAUAUAUAUAUAUAUAUAUAGAAUACUUGUGGUUUGUACAGGAAUGCAAAGGAAUGAUGCAUGUUAAAUUUCGAAAGGGAAGAGCAAGUUUAGGGCCUGCUCGGUGGAUGCAGUAUUAGCUGGUAGAGGUGGGCGAUCUUACAAUUAAUCAUUUAUUUAUAAUUAUUUUUGGAAUAUGUUCAACAGUUACCCACCAUUGUUUUCAUUGUAAGCAUUAGCUUAGUGCUAACUAGCGGUGUUUGUAUUUCAUUAUUCUGUGGAGCACCACUUUAAACUUAGCCCUAGCUGCCACCACAUGUAAUUUCAAUGUACAGUAUAAAUAUAGUAAUACACAUUGUAAAUUGCUUUAACAUGCUACAUUUCUGAACAUUUUAGUGCAAGUUCAAUUUUAUUGUACAAUCACAAAAUAAUUCAUGCUAAACGCUAAAUAUAUAGCUAACACCCCUCCAUGCUAGCUUGUUUUUACAUGUUUAUUGGUAAAAGAAACACCUCAAAAUAUAAACAAAAUAUUGCUGCCCUGGAAGAGAGUGAGUAAUUAAUGAUUUGCAAAAGACUUACAAAAGUUCCAGGAGACUGAAAGUUUUAAGUAAACGGAACUAGUAAAAUGGACUAUGAGUUACCAAGUGUGUCACCAGAUGUAUAGUAGUGGAUGAUAUUUGCAGAAAAAAACGUUUACCAGACAUAUUUUUUGCCUCCUCGUACCCAGUUUGUAGUUUAGUACAUUCACAGUUUAAAUAUAAUUGAUUAAAGAGUCAUGUGAAGACGCCACUCCACAGAAACACCAUCAAAUGUCCACAAAUAAUAACACCAUCAAAUUUAGUAAUGUCAUGCUCAAUCAAAAGCAGGCCUUGAGAGAUAAAUUAACCUGAACAGAAACAUAAUUUAGAUUUUCUGUUUAGGUUCAUGUGUAAAAUUAACAGUCCUGAACAGAUUACAAUCUAACUUUUUUGAAUUUCCCAUUUAAUGGUCUCUGUUAAUACUGUGUGGGCACACAUGCUUUUAUAUUUAUUAUUGACUUUCACUUUAGAAAACGUUGAUAAGUUGAGGAGAAAUACUGUGCUCAGGUCUCUCAUUAGAGAUGUGCAAAUAAAACAUUUAUAUCUUUGCCAAAAGCACUGGCUAAAAAUUACCUUUCCUGUGUUUCCACAGAAAUGCAGAUGGUGGGAACAAUGGAGAUGGUAAAGGUGUCAGUGUGCAAGUGUGUAUCAGAAAGAGAGAUACACACAGGAAAUAGUUUUUAGAGAAAUUGCCAGUUUUAUACUUUUUCACAGCAAUGAAACUACAAAUACACCCAGAUCCCUCAGAUAAUUACAGUUAGGUAAAAAUAAAAUACCGCAUGAAGUAUAGCCAUUAAAAUAAUAUGAGAAUGAAAGCAUCAGUAUUAAAUGAUAAUUACCAUCAUUGCUUUCCGGUUUAUUAUGCAUCAUGAUUGGAUUUUUUUUCUGUUAAAUUGCUAAGAGCUCUAUAUCUGUGGUUUAAACCUAUUUUAAUAUUGCAACUUCCCUCUGCAGGUUUAUAUAAUUCAGUCAUUUGGGCUGUUUUCCAGGUAAAUCUGCUCAUCUCUAUAUAUAAUGAUAUAAUUAUUUUUGUCAAAUUCUGCAUUUUCUCGAGUGAAAUGUAAGAAUAAACUCCCCAUUUCAUGGCAUA